GUCUGAGUAUGCCCAGCUCAAAGAGACCCUUGGUGCUGUGACGCAGGAGAGAGAUUUAGCCCUGUGGGAGAGGAACCAGCUCCAAGGCAAACUGGAGAACCUAGAGCAGGUGCUCAAGCAUAUGCGUGAGGCUGCGGAGCGGAGGCAGCAGCUAGAGUUGGAGCAUGAGCAGGCCUUGGCUGUACUCAAUGCAAAGCAGCAGGAGAUUGACCUUCUUCAGAAGGCUCAGGUUGAGGCUAAAAAGGAACAUGAAGGCGCUGUCCAUCUGUUAGAGGCCAAAGUCCGCGAGCUGGAGGAAAAAUGUCGGACUCAGAGUGAGCAGUUCAACCUCCUGUCAAAAGAGCUGGAGAAGUUCCGGCUCCAGGCUGGGAAGUUUGAUAUCCUCAGCACUGAACCAUUAACUGUAUGUGAAUCUCCUGGGUCGCCCAACAAAUCCCUGUCCCAGCUCCUUAAUGGACUGGCUGCCCCCCUAGGGAAAGGCAAUGAGGCUCCAACAAGCAGAUCUUUGAUAUCUGAGUUCAUUCGACCACUCCAGAUCAGUGGAGACAAGCCCGAGCUCCUCUCUGUCAAGCCAACAUUCCUCACUCGCAGUCGAGCCGGCAGCCCGGCACGGGCUUUCCUCUCUGAGAUGGACAAAGAGCUCAGCUCAACAACCAGGUCCAAACCGAGAUUCACAGGGAAGGUUCGUCUGUGUAUUGCUCGGUACAGUUACAAUCCUUAUGAUGGGCCUAAUGAGCAUCCUGAGGCAGAGCUCCCCCUGGUGGCAGGGAAGUACCUCUACAUUUACGGGACAAUGGAUGAGGAUGGCUUUUAUGAAGGAGAGCUGCUGGACGGACAGCGGGGACUCGUCCCAUCCAAUUUUGUGGAUUUUGUCCAAGAUGAGGAGACACCCUCUGUCCAGCACAGGGACACAGUGGCUAAAGAACCUGGCUACCUCAACCACAGUAGCCUGGGGCCUCAGAGACUGGGGGUCGGCACAGGAACAGGCAUAAGCAGCCUGCUGUCUGACAGUAAACUAGACUGUCUAAGCACCAGCAGCUUGGGCAUGGACCUCCUGGGCUCUUCCACCAAUGGAACAGGAACCCUGGAUGUCAGCAUUGACGAGGUCGGUGAAGACAUUGUGCCUUAUCCCCGCCGCAUCAACCUGAUUAAACAACUGGCCAAGAGUGUGAUUAUUGGCUGGGAUCCUCCUGUGGUCCCACCAGGCUGGGGCUCCAUCAGUGGCUACAAUGUCUUGGUGGAUAAGGAGGUGCGCAUGAGUGUCCCCUACGGGGGCAGGACAAAGUCUCUUAUUGAAAAGCUCAAUCUUGCCACCAACACCUACCGUAUCUCAGUGCAGAGCAUCACAGAUCGGGGCCCAUCGGACGAGCUCCGGUGCACUCUGCUCGUGGGAAAGGAUGUGGUGGUGGCACCUUACUACCUGCGGGUGGACAGCAUCACACAGGUCUCCGCUGAGCUCUCUUGGAUGCCCAGCAACAGCAACUACAGCCACACCAUCUUCCUCAAUGGUGCAGAGUACGACAUGGUCAAGGCGGGAGGCUACAAGUACAAGUUCUUCAACCUGAAGCCCAUGACAGUUUACAAGGUGAAGGUUGUGGCGCAGCCGCAUCAGGUGCCUUGGCAGCUUCCGAUGGAUCAGAGGGAGAAGAGGGAAAUCUCUGUGGAGUUCUGCACUCAGCCUGCAGGGCCCCCUCUCCCUCCCCAGGAGGUGCAGGUCCAGUGUGGUCAGACUCCCGGGGUCCUGCAGGUCAGAUGGAAGCCGCCACCGCUGACGCCUUCAGGAACCUCCAACGGGGCCAGUGUGAUUGGCUACGCUGUGUGCACAAAGGGGCAAAAGAUAGCAGAGGUCUUGUACCCCACAGCAGACUAUGUGACCGUGGAGUUGAACAGGAUUCAGUGUCUGGAGGCCAGGGAAGUCAUUGUAAGGACGUUAUCAACACAAGGGGACUCCCAGGACUCGCCCGUGGCCAUCAUCCCGCCGCAGCCCCUCCGUCACCCUCCUCCUCAUCCCCAGUCUCAUUUCCAGCGACACCCCAUGCCCAAGUCCAAGCCGUUAGUAAGUGCCAGAGAGCCAGAAACCAAAGAGCAUGAGAUGGGCCUGCGGCCAGCCCAGCCCUGGGAGCGCUCCCCCUCUCCGCUGCCUCCCAUGCGCGGACCCAACCUAGAGCCGCCGCACUUCCAGCCACGGCGAUCGCCCUCUCCUCAGAGGAUCCUGCCGCAGCCUCAGGGAGUCCCCAUCCCCAACACUAUCGCCAAGGCCAUGGCCAGGGAAGCUGCCCAGAGAGUGUUUGCCGAGGGUAACCGGGCUGAGAAAAGGAACAUCUUUAGUGAACGAGGGAACGCCUUGCAUCCGCUCAACUCUGAUGAGGAGGAGGAUGGCUACGACUCUCCUCAUGCCAGGAGGAGAGGAGCCUCCGUGGAUGAAUUCCUCAGAGGCUCAGAGCUGGGCAGACAGCACCACCAUCACCACUACAGCCACAGUGAGGAGUACCACACAGAGAGCAGCCGGGGCUCUGACCUGUCCGACAUAAUGGAGGAGGACGAGGAAGAUCUUUACUCUGAGAUGCAACUGGAGGAGGGCCGCAGGCGCAGUAUCAACUCUCACAACACUCUUAAGAUCAUUGGGAACUCACCAUCACACGGAAGCGCUGAUCGUCUGGACCACUCAGGGAGGAGGCCGGUUCACAUCGGCACCCCCCCUCAGCGACGACCCAUCCCAUCCAUUGAGAUCACCAUGGACAGUAACAGUGAGGGGAGUGAGGGGAACCUCUCACCCGUCAAGGAGGAUGUUUACUAUGGCAGUGUAGCUCGGCGCAGGAUAUGGCGAUCUAUGUCCUCAGAGGAUCAAUAUGACGGCUAUGGCGGUCGCAGGCACGGGAGGGGACGGCGUUCCCCGGAUUACUAUGAGGAAUCAGAGCCUGAGGAGCUGACCCGUGUGUUUGUGGCUCUGUUUGACUAUGACCCCCUGUCCAUGUCUCCCAACCCUGACGCUGCUGAUGAGGAGCUGCCAUUCAAGGAGGGCCAGAUCAUCAAGGUAUUUGGGAAUAAAGAUACGGAUGGCUUCUACAGGGCGGAGGUUCGUGAUCGAGUGGGUCUGAUCCCCUGUAACAUGGUCUCUGAGAUCCAAACAGAGGAUGACGAGAUGAUGGACCAGCUCCUCAAACAGGGCUUCCUGCCUCUUAACACUCCUGUGGAGAAGUUAGAGAGGAACAGGCGGAGCGGGCGUCAACACCCGAUGUCAACACGGAGAAUGGUAGCUCUGUACGACUACGACCCCAGAGAGAGCUCCCCUAACGUUGAUGUAGAGGCUGAACUGACUUUCUGUGCCGGUGACGUCAUCACAGUUUUUGGUGAAAUAGAUGAAGAUGGCUUUUACUAUGGCGAGCUCAAUGGACACAAAGGACUGGUUCCUUCCAACUUUCUAGAAGAAGUGCCUGAUGAUGUAGAGGUUUUUCUCACUGACUCACCAUCUCGAUACCCCCAGGACAAUCCAGCACGGAUAAAGACCAAAAGGGUUCCAUUGGAAAAAUCGGGUCCGCCCAGAAGAGCAGCCUCUCCCACAGUGCGUCCACACAUCCCUGGCUCUGGCCCUGCCACCGUGGGGCCCGGCAGUCCCAUCAGGGCCCCAGUGGACAUGUACUCCUCCAAAAAGAAAAAGGGACUGCUCUCCAAAGGGAAGAAACUAUUGCAAAGACUUGGCGCUGUAAAAUAA